AUGGGGUUCAUACCAGGUGGGGGUAGGUACCCAUCAGAGCCUUGCAGAACGAGGUUCGUACCAGGUGGGGGUAGGUACCCAUCAGAGCCUUGCAGAACGGGGUUCGUACCAGGUGGGGGUAGGUACCCAUCAGAGCCUUGCAGAAUGGGGUUCGUACCAGGUGGGGGUAGGUACCCAUCAGAGCUUUGCAGAACAGGGUUCGUACCAGGUGGGGGUAGGUACCCAUCAGAGCCUUGCAGAACGAGGUUCGUACCAGGUGGGGGUAGGUACCCAUCAGAGCCUUGCAGAAUGGGGUUCAUACCAGGUGGGGGUAGCACUACUACAGAAAACACUUACUACGACAGCAUCCAAC